GCCUGGCUGCAGGAGCUGUGGGCCUCCGGGGCCACGUCCACCCGGCCCCACCGACCCUCCCGGGGCCAGGCCUGCCAAGCGUGAGCAGCCUCAUGGCCAGCGGCGUGCAGGACAUGGCCCAGGCCUCCUCCACUGCCCCUGAUGAGGGCUCCACUUUUGAACACCUCUGGAGCUCACUGGAGCCAGACAGCACCUACUUCGACCUCUCACAGGCCAGACAGGGGAACACGGGAGCGGUGGGCGGUACGGAGGCCGGCAUGGACGUCUUCCACCUGGAGGACAUGACCACUCCUGUCAUGGCCCAGUUCAAUCUGCUCAGCAGCACCAUGGACCAGAUGAGCAGCCGCGCGGCCCCAGCCAGCCCCUACACCCCGGAGCACGCCGCCAGUGUACCCACCCAUUCACCCUACGCCCAGCCCAGCUCCACCUUCGACACCAUGUCGCCGGCGCCCGUCAUCCCCUCCAACACCGACUACCCCGGCCCCCACCACUUCGAGGUCACGUUCCAGCAGUCCAGCACAGCCAAGUCGGCCACCUGGACGUACUCGCCGCUGCUGAAGAAGCUUUACUGCCAGAUCGCCAAGACGUGCCCCAUCCAGAUCAAGGUGUCCACGCCACCGCCCCCAGGCACCGCCAUCCGGGCCAUGCCCGUCUAUAAGAAGGCAGAGCACGUGACCGACGUCGUGAAACGCUGCCCCAACCACGAGCUUGGGAGGGACUUCAACGAAGGACAGUCUGCCCCAGCCAGCCAUCUCAUCCGUGUGGAAGGCAACAACCUCUCUCAGUACGUGGACGACCCUGUCACUGGCAGGCAGAGUGUUGUGGUGCCCUACGAGCCCCCACAGGUGGGGACGGAAUUCACCACCAUCCUGUACAACUUCAUGUGUAACAGCAGCUGCGUGGGCGGCAUGAACCGGCGGCCCAUCCUCAUCAUCAUCACCCUGGAGACCCGGGAUGGCCAGGUGUUGGGCCGCCGGUCCUUCGAGGGCCGCAUCUGUGCCUGUCCCGGGCGCGACCGCAAGGCCGACGAGGACCACUAUCGUGAGCAGCAAGCCCUGAACGAGAACGCUACCAAGAACGGGGCCACCAGCAAGCGUGCAUUCAAGCAGAGCCCCCCUGCCAUCCCCGCCCUGAGCGCCAACAUGAAGAAGAGGCGGCACGGGGAUGAGGACAUGUACUACAUGCACGUGAGGGGCCGGGAGAACUUUGAGAUCCUCAUGAAGGUCAAGGAGAGCUUGGAGCUCAUGGAGCUUGUGCCACAACCACUUGUGGACUCCUACCGGCAGCAGCAGCAGCAGCUCCUGCAGCGGCCGAGCCACCUACAGCCGCCAUCCUACGCGCCAGUCCUGUCCCCCAUGAGCAAAGUACACAGCGGUGUCAACAAGCUGCCCUCUGUCAAUCAGCUGGUAGGCCAGCCUCCCCCGCAUACCUCAGCAGCUGCCCCCAGCCUGGGGCCCAUGGCCCCCGGGAUGCUCAGCAGCCACAGCCACGCCAUGCCCGCCAACGGUGAGAUGAAUGGUGGCCACAGCUCCCAGACAGUGGUCUCGGGGUCCCACUGCACCCCGCCACCCCCCUACCACGCCGACCCCAGCCUCGUCAGUUUCCUAACGGGACUGGGAUGCCCGAACUGCAUUGAGUACUUCACCUCCCAGGGGCUACAGAGCAUCUACCACCUGCAGAACCUCACCAUGGAGGAUCUCGGGGCCCUGAAGAUCCCCGACCAGUACCGCAUGACCAUCUGGAGGGGGCUGCAGGACCUCAAGCAGGGCCAUGACUGCGGCCAGCAGCUGCUGCGCUCCAGCAGCAAUGCUGCCACCAUCUCCAUUGGCGGCGCGGGUGAGCUGCAGCGGCAACGGGUCAUGGAGGCCGUGCAUUUCCGGGUGCGCCACACCAUCACCAUCCCCAACCGUGGUGGCCCGGGCGGGGUGGCUGGCCCUGAUGAGUGGGCCGACUUCGGCUUCGACCUGCCUGACUGCAAAUCCCGCAAGCAGCCCAUCAAGGAGGAGUUCCCCGAGAGCGAGGGGCACUGAGGGCAGCGCCCGCACGCCUUCCUUGGGCUGGAGAGACAGGACAUGGGGCUGUGCCGAGGCACAUGUGAGGCCCUCCAGCCUGGCACCACUACUGAGGGACAUUGCCGGCUUCGGGUGCCCAGGUCUGGAUGCCCACUGGAAACUCCUGAGCUGCCUUCAGGGGCCAGGCGGGCGGGCACUAGGGCCAGGCCUCCCUGGUACGUGGGGACUCUGCCCACGCCACACCUUCUCUGAGGACCGUGUCUCCUGCUGACUGCCAAUAAGUAUUCCCACCCUUGAGGACCCCGCAGCAGCCAGGUUUGCAGAAAGCCCAAGGCUGGCCUGGGGACUCCUCUGCGGGACAUGAGGAUUGGCUCUGCCCCCAGCCCACACAUUCUGCAGGGACUGCAGUAACUUUCCUGCUUCACACAAAACCUGGGUCUGCUGGGACUGCUGCUGGCUGUGGCCACCAGGAAGCUCCCGAUUGUGGGGACCCCUCUGAGCCAUCGAGGGACGGCUGUAGCUCGGACUGCUGGAAUUGUCAAU